UUGUUCAAUAGCUUCUAGCAAAGAAAAUGGCAACGCGGACAACUUUGUUAGGUGUCCUUGCCUUUGGUUUUCUUUGUUUCAUUUGUCUACCUGCUGAGGCUGCCCUUAAGAAAUAUCAAUUUGAUGUUAAAGUGUCAAAUGUGAGCAGAUUGUGCCAUGCAAAACAGAUGGUUACAGUUAAUGGAGGAUUUCCGGGGCCAACUAUAUAUGCUAGAGAAGGAGAUAGAGUUCAAAUCAAUGUUACUAACUAUGCACAAUAUAACUUGUCCAUUCAUUGGCAUGGUUUGAAACAAUAUCGCAAUGGUUGGGCAGAUGGUCCAGCUUACAUAACUCAGUGCCCUAUCCAGACAGGAAAUAGCUAUGUUUAUGACUUCAAUGUAACAGGACAAAGAGGUACCUUAUGGUGGCAUGCACAUAUUCUUUGGCUAAGGGCAACUGUCUAUGGUGCAAUAGUGAUCAUGCCACAACAAGGAACUCCCUUCCCUUUUCCUCAACCAGAUAGGGAAGAAGUACUUGUACUAGGAGAAUGGUGGAAUGCUGAUGUUGAACAAGUUGAGAAACAAGGAAACGCAUUAGGUUUACCUCCUAAUAUGUCUGAUGCUCACACGAUCAACGGAAAGCCAGGGCCUCUUUUUCCAUGUUCUGAGAAACAUACUUUUGCCAUGGAAGUUGAAAAAGGAAAGACAUACCUGUUGAGAAUUAUCAAUGCUGCUCUCAAUGAUGAACUCUUUUUUGCCCUGGCUAAUCAUACCUUCACAGUGGUAGAAAUUGAUGCAGUCUACACGAAACCAUUCACCACAGACGCCAUUCUGAUUGCACCAGGCCAGACUACAAAUGUUCUGGUUCGCACCAACCAAGUUCCAGGAAGAUACUUCAUGGCUGCAAGGGCCUUCAUGGACGCUCCAAUCAGUGUGGAUAACAAGACUGCCGCUGCUAUAUUCCAGUACAAGGGAAUCCCAGAAACCGUGAUUCCAAAACUUCCUACUUUGCCUGCACAAAAUGACUCAGACUUUGCUUUGAGCUAUAAUUCUAAACUCAAAAGCUUAAAUACUCCCAAAUAUCCAGCAAACGUUCCCCUAAAUGUUGAUCGACACCUCUUGUUAACAGUUGGCCUUGGGAUAAAUCCUUGUCCCACCUGUCUAAAUGGAACUAGGCUAACAGCUUCUUUGAACAACAUUUCCUUCAUCAUGCCAGAAACUGCACUUCUUCAGUCUCAUUACUUCAACAUUAAGGGUGUAUACACUCCAGAUUUCCCAGACAAACCACCUACUCCAUUCAAUUUUACAGGGGCACCCCUUACAGCCAACCUAAGGACAAAUGUAGGCACUAGGAUCAGCAAAAUUGCUUUCAAUUCUACUGUUGAAAUAGUAGUCCAAGACACCAACUUGUUGUCGGUGGAAUCACAUCCUUUCCAUCUCCAUGGCUACAAUUUCUUUGUGGUUGGAACUGGCAUUGGAAACUUUGACCCCAAAAAAGAUCCAGCAAAAUACAACUUGAAUGAUCCUAUAGAAAGAAAUACUGUAGGUGUUCCAACUGGCGGUUGGACUGCUAUUCGAUUCAGGGCUGAUAAUCCAGGGGUCUGGUUCUUCCACUGUCAUCUGGAGUUGCACACAGGCUGGGGACUGAAAACAGCAUUUUUAGUGGAAAAUGGACCAGGAUUAGAUCAUAGUAUUCUGCCUCCACCAAAGGACCUUCCAUCAUGCUAAUUUCAAAAGGCUUUACUUUUAUAUGUCCAGAUGGAUUUCUUGUAAAAGUUUUACAUAAUUUGUUUUAUUUUCCCAUAAGGAAGCAAAAUGCUUUGAAGAUUAUACACAUUUUAGCCAGUGUGCAUAGGAAAGAUGUGCAAAAUUGGAAAAAUGAAGAAGGAGUUUUUAUCCCAAGAAUUUAAAUGUAAUUUGAGUUGUAAUAAAGGUCCACACAUAAAAAUGUGAUUUUGGGCUGUUGUUUUUUAUGAACUUCCCUAUCUACUUGGAUUGAAAUAUAGUCUGUUAAUAC